AUGGCGGCUGCGGCGGCGCAGAGGCUCCUCGCGGCGAUCACGAAGAUCAUCGGCGUUGGGCGCAACUACAUCGCCCACGCCAAGGAGCUCGGCAACCCGGUCCCCAAGCCCGUCCUGUUCCUGAAGCCGACCUCGUCGUUCCUCCACGCUGGCGUGGCCACCGCCGCCGUCGAGAUCCCGGAGCCGCUCGAGUCGCUACACCACGAGGUCGAGCUCGCCGUCGUUAUCUCCCGGCGCGGGCGCGACGUUCCUGAGGCGUCCGCCAUGGACUUCGUCGGAGGUUAUGCACUUGCUUUGGACAUGACAGCAAGGGACCUUCAAUCUGUUGCUAAGUCUGCUGGCCUUCCAUGGACUUUGGCUAAAGGACAAGACACCUUCACUCCAAUUAGUGCAGUAGUAGAUGAUGAACUAAGACAGAAAGGAUCCACAAGGGACAUGAUAUUCAAGAUUCCUUUUCUGAUCAGCUAUAUCAGUUCCAUCAUGGCAUUAAUGGAGGGUGAUGUGAUACUAACAGGUACUCCUGAGGGUGUGGGUCCUGUCCGAGUAGGUCAGAAGAUCAAAGCUGGCUUAAUCGGUCAUUUUUUCCAUGAUGAUGCAAUAAGCAAGAAAGUAAUGGGAUGUUCAUGGAAUAGCGAAGUGCGAGGACAAGGCAUUGGCGGCAACAAUGAUCUUUCUGGCAGUGGUCACGAGCAGCAUCGCCAUUGCCUCAAACAUCAUGAGCUCCAUCAGUGA